GACGUGGGUCGGCCGUCGUCUCGUCUCCCAUCUCCGUAGUCCGCGGGCGCCGUGAUUAGCAUCUGACAACUGUCAAAUGGCAAUUGCACUUGUGCGCUUGUGAUCGACGUGUUUCGCGCGGUUCCAGAGAAAUGGCAGCGGAAAUAAAGCCCGCCCCGGGGGUGAAUCACGACAAAUUCAGCAGCAGCCGCAAGCCGGUCCUCCUGUCGAAGUUGGAGGGCUGCAGCGACGACGUUAACGCGGCUAUCAUCAUCCCGCGGGAAGAGGGUGUAAUCAGUGUUUGCGAUGACAGGACAAUCCGAGUAUGGCUGAAGCGGGAUUCCGGUCAUUACUGGCCGAGUAUUUGUCAGUACAUGCCAGCGGGGGCUACCUCGAUGCACUAUUGCGUGGAAACGAGGCAGCUGUUUGUAGGCCUGGAUAACGGAAGCGUUAACGAAUUCGUCUUGGAGCAAGAUUACAAUCGGAUGACGGCCAUGCGCGACUACCUAGCGCAUCAGGCGAGAGUAACAGGAAUUAUUUUCGCUGCGGAUUUCGAGUGGGUCUUGAGUAUAGGUCGCGAUAAGUUAUUUCAAUUGCACAGCUCCGAGACGGGACAGAAAUUGGGAUCGUAUCAAACGGACGCGUGGUACACCGCUCUGCAAUUUGACGCUCAGUCCAAACACGCUUUCGUGGGAGACUAUUCCGGUCAGAUAGCCAUGCUGAAGCUGGACAAUAGUGGCGUUACCUUCAUCACCACGUUAAAGGCACACACAGGCAGUAUCCACGCGUUGGCAUGGGACACUGAGAAACAAUUGUUGUUCUCCGGGAGUUUCGAUCAGAGCAUCAUCGUUUGGGACAUCGGGGGCCGCCAGGGCACCGCUUACGAGCUACAGGGACACCAUAACAAAGUAACGGCAUUGUGCUACGCGAGCGCCGAACGCCAGCUCCUGUCCGGAGGCGAGGACGGCGUGAUCGUCUGCUGGAAUAUGGCGACGAAUAGGAAGGAGACCGCGGCUUGGGUCGAGUCCGACGUCUGCCAGGCUUGCGGAAGACCCUUUUUCUGGAAUAUAAAAGCUAUGAUGGAUCAACGACAGUUGGGAUUGAGGCAGCAUCACUGUCGCUAUUGCGGCCGCGCGUUAUGCGCUCGCUGCACGUCGCAACGGAUACCGAUACCAGCGAUGGGCUUCGAGUUCGAAGUGAGAGUCUGCGAUCAGUGCCACAUACAACUCAAGUCGGAGAACCAAUCGUCACUGGCCUCUUUCCACGAUGCCAAGCACAGCGUCGUCGGGAUGGACCUGGACGCUCCUAGGCGAAGAUUGUUGACCAUCGGCCAGGAUCGCGUUAUUAAGAUUUGGGAUAUAUCCGCGCUCUUUCAGUGAAUUUCCCCGCGUAUGUAUGUCGAUAUAAUUCAAACUGACCGCGAAUCAAGUCACAGAGGUAUUGUCAUACUCGGAAAAAUACUCCGGAAAAACCUAUUUUUGUGAUUAUGUAAUUAUGCCUGUCUGUGAGUCGUUGAUCGUGAUUGCGUAACACGAGUUGGAGCCGAUGAGCUGAUGGAACACGCGAGAUCGUGAACGAUCGUUUGUCGAUCUGUCGGUGAUAACGCUAGAGCCUGCUUAAUCCAUAUCCAUAUUUUCUGCGUUGAACAUCGGUAUCAGCUGGAGAGACGAGACGAGUACAGCGCAAGCACGUUAAUUCAGUGGCAUUGUCUUUAAAUCGUGUUGUAACGAUAGAAUUACUUCCAGAAAAGCGUUUGUGCGCCUGCGCAACGUGAUUACACGAAAUAAUAGUAAAUAGUAAUCCGUGGAUAUAUAUAUAUAUAUAUUAUACAUGUGUGUAUGCAAGGUGCAUGAACUCCCUUCGGGCGCGAAAAACCAGGGUGACGACACUGGUAGUCACUACGCGACACAACGCAACGCAGAAUAUAAUUAAAAGUAUUGAAAUAUCUUUCGGAAUACAACGGAAUUUUUUUAAGACACACUUACAUAUAAAUCGAAGAAUGUUUCGAGAGAUAGAAACUUUCCGUUAUAUAUUCGAAUAAAAACUCUUUAUGCAAUCCCCGAGUUUUUCCGAAAUUUACAAGAUUACACGUAUGUUGUUACAGCGAAUUGAGGAGUCCCCAUACCUGAAUCGCGAUUUUGCAACUUUAUAUACUACUAUUGAUCGUCCAUAUACUUUUUGUUAUUAAAAAGUAGUACUGAAAGUCUUUAAAAUAUCUUUACGUUGUUUAAAUACAUUUUCGAUUAAAAAAAAAAAAAAAAAACGAUCAAGAGUUGGCUUAUAGGCCGUCGGCAAUGGUACAAGCAUCGACUAUUUUAAAGUAUUUUAUCUAAUAUAGGCAUAGAAACGAGGGAAUAUAUUUUGAGAAUUUCCAGUUCGUUUUCUACAUUACUUCCUACAUUAUUAAACUACUAGCGACUCGAAACAUAUAAACCUUCAGCUAUACUAUCUUUGAAUCGACUCGGCGAAGUAGCGAUAUGUAUCUCGUACCAAGUCCUAGUCCUAUUUGUUAUGUAAUUCAUGCGGGAUCGUUUAAUAUUAUUACAUUGUCUUACGAGAGAAUGCGAACCAGGCAAGAAAGUAUCCAUCGUUACGAUAAUGCUGGUUUCUUUCUUGACUAUAUGAGUCUUCUCAAGUAUAAAUAGGUACAAGCUAUGCAAAGUUGUUUUGUCCGAAACUUUAACGAUUUCUUGUAUAUUCUAUCGUGAUGGAAUUGUACACAAAUUUACUUUCUUGAAUGCAAAAGCGCGAGAAAGAGAGACCAUUGUUAUUUCUAGGUAUUUUCGUUGUGUAUCUUGUUGGCUGAUAAAGAUUUGCAACAAUUGUGAAAUGGUCAAGACGAUUCGUUAGUGACGAUGAGCUUCCAUUGAACUUUACGUAUUGAAGAGAAGUAGAUAGGCAAGAUGUAGUAGCAAAAAAAUACCUCGUUUCACGUAAUACGCUACGAAAAUGCAAAUUGUUUUGAUCGAUUCAUCCUCGCGCGAUAAAUGUAUAUACACAAGAUAUGCAUAUCUUGUACCUGAAUGUACGCGUACGUAUAAUUAUUUCACGGUGAGUCUCUCCACUGUGCGAUUUUGCAGGAGAGACGAACGCUGGUGGAAGGAAUCGUUCUUGUUAUCAAAAUGUCGUCUGGAUUUAUUCCUGCGGGGAUAAAUUCUGCAUUUUGAAUAGCGCAGACGUGUGCGAAUGCAAUUCGCACGGUCCAAGUAAAACUAAUCCGCAUUGAAUACAAAAGUGUACCGUACGUUUGUAAGCUCGGCUAGAGAAACUACACACUAGUAGCACUUAGUAUUGUCAAGCAUUUUUGUAUGUUUUGCUAAAAAGUAUGUAUAUGUAUAUUAUACCUGAAAUAAUACAUGGACGUGCUUCUUAUUAUAAACGUUACGCCGAUUAACACGUUACACGACCAAGCGACUGCAUUUGCGAUCGGGCGACACACUUGGAAACCUCGUAUAGCUGCACGCGUAAGGAAACAAAACGGACACGCGUUUAAAAUCGUACGCCGCGACGGUCGCUAUACCCGGCUGCCGAGACACAGAACAAUGCCAUUGCGAGAGAUGUAAAAAGAAGCGAUUAAGCCACGUGUACGUAUCCUACUCACACGUCGAAUUGAUACAAAAUAGAAAUAUAUUUUCAAUGUAAAACGCA